GGAACGUCUCUGACAAUGUCGGAAACUGCGCCUGCUGCAGCCCCCGCCGCCGCGGCCCCGGCCCCCGCCGCCAAAGCUCCUGCGAAGAAGGCGAAGAAAGCGGCGGGAGGCGCCAAAGCGAAGAAGCCUCUGGGUCCCAGCGUGACCGAGCUGAUUACCCAGGCGGUAGCUGCUUCCAAAGAGAGAAAAGGCGUCUCACUGGCUGCCCUAAAGAAGGUGCUGGCAGCCGGCGGCUACGAUGUGGAGAAGAACAACAGCCGCAUCAAGCUGGGGCUCCGGGGCCUGGUGGACAAGGGAAUGAAGGACGUGGUCCGUCGUACCAGGAUGCCUGAGCCCGCCAAGUCCGCCCCCGCCCCCAAGAAGGGCUCCAAGAAAGCGGUCACCAAGACGCAGAAGAAGGGCGACAAGAAGCGCAAGAGAAGCCGGAGGCGAUGGUAA